GAACUGUCCUGCCAAACACCCGUAACUCGCCCUAACCAACCACUCCACCCCCCUCCAUACUUACCCUCCCCUUCCCCACCCACUCUCCACACUCGACAUGUCCCACCUUCGGAAACUUGCCGCCGCGCGCUGGCUGAUGCAAGAGUCUCCGCCAGAUCCCGGCGAGGUGCCCCCCAGUGACCCAGACAACGCCGCACGCCUCGCCGGCACCGAGCCAUGCGUCUGGCUCUCGCCUGCUUUCCCGGCCAGCUGUCCACUCUCUCCUCACUCCUACUGCUCCCCCGCAGGAAGCAUCGCGCCUCGGUGUCACCAGCAGGUCUCGCAGGGAGGUCUAGCCAACAUCAUACCCAAACUGCCCCCACAGGCUGCAGUGCAAGCCAGCGAGCUUUGUGGUGUGAAAGGCCAGGCUAAAGCGACAAGCAAGCAACUAGCGGAGGCACCCAAGCACCGACGACUCGCUGCAAAUGCACGCGAAAGGAAGAGGAUGCACGGCUUGAAUCAUGCGUUUGAUGAGCUACGGAGCGUCAUUCCAGCUUUCGACAAUGACAAGAAACUUUCCAAAUACGAAACACUGCAGAUGGCACAGAUCUAUAUAGCUGAAUUGACUGAGCUUCUGCAGAAUGUGAGCCAGCAGAGCCUAGGUGCUGGCAGUUCGCUACCCGACUGCCCAAAUGUUAAAGUAGCUAACAAUAAACUCUGCCCUACGAAUCGCUGCAGUUUGCAAACCCCAACCAGUGCAUGCUCUCCUAACAUCCCCAAGGGCUCUCCAACGGUUAUUUCCGACAGUACCGGGGACACAGGACCUGCAGCCCAGCGCUUGAAGUUACUCUCUCCUUGCAAAUCGAUCAGAAAUGAGAGUAAAGUGAUUUCUAGUCGCAGCGAUGGAGAAUCUUCUCCUCACUCUCAUUACAGCGACUGGGAGGAGGGACACGCAGACACUCUACUCUACCAACGCUCAGAACACUUUUCCGAUCUCUCUCAUGCCCCGGUGGCGCGGAAAGCCAGUUAGGGGUGGAACCUCAUGAACUUUGACACCAACUGUAUUUUUCUAACGUAGAGAAUGCGAGAUCAUAUAUUUUUGUAAAUUUCAAUGCGUUGAUUUCAUUUUUGUUCAGAAAAGGCUUUUCUGAUGAACGGAUUGGGCCCGAAACAUCAGCUUUUGUGCUCUUAAGAUGCUGCUUGGUCUGCGGUGUUCAUCCAGCUCCACACUUUGUUAUCUCGGAUUCUCCAGCAUCUGCAGUUCCCAUUAUCUAUGAUAUCAUUUUUGCUCACAAUGAGAUGGGUUGUUGCACUUUAAAAAAAAAUACAGCAUUUGAGUCCAGAGAUAUGCAGAGGGAAAGUACCAGUUGGUAUGCAGUUUAGAGCAGCGGAACAAUCUACACUGUUGAAAUAUGUUUUUCAUUUUUUUUUCAAACCCUUUAUUUGGCAGAUUAAGGUCACAUCGUAAAUAUUGUUGUAUGUUUUAAAGUAUGACAUAUUCUUCCAGGAUGUGAGAAGCACAGGUUCAGGCACUCAAUCACCACGUUAUAAUAAGAAUGAAAUUGAU